CAAAAAAAACAUUGCAAAAGAUCCACGUUAUGUUAGUUUUUCAAUCUUUUUGACCAAUGAUUUUUUUUAUCUUUGCCUAAUAAUUUUACAAAUACGCUUUGAAUGUGAAGCGGCAGCCACUAAAAAAAUAUUGCCAGAAAUUACGGGUCACAAACUGAUAACAUUGAUAAAUAAUCACGGAUCCUUUGAGGCUUCCUAACGCUGGCAAAAGUGCAGCAGAUAGUUAAUGUGGGGAAGCGAUCUGUCCAAUGUUUUUGAUUAGAGCAAUAAGCCAAGCUUUGACCUUUGCAACUACGUAAAUUUGAUUAACAGGAUAGUACAGAAAACAAAAAUAUUCUGCGAAUAAAUACGUAGAUUAACGUAGAAAAGCCAACAGGUUCAACUGGUGUCCUCUGGAAGCUUUGACAAGAUUACAUGUCGGCGCACAAGUUGGGAGUGUCUUCGAGAGAAAAGUGGUAAAGGGAGUCUGUCAACAUGGCAUUUCAAUCGGUUGUGCGUUUCUAUAUGGAGAUACCGACAGUGACGCGCAUCUAUACAACAGCAUGUGUUCUGACAACGCUGGCGGUGCAUUUAGACCUAGUUUCACCGUUGCAGUUGUAUUUCAAUCCUACACUUAUUCUUUGGAAACUACAAGUAUGGCGGCUAGCAACCACAUUCCUAUUUUUCGGUUCAGUUGGCAUUAGUUUCUUCUUCAAUAUGGUUUUUACUUACCG